AGGAUCACUGCGCAAUGCACUUUAGAAGAGGAGGAAAAAAAAUACUCUCUUUUUUCUCAUUACCGUCAAUUGUUGGGGAAUGGAGGGGCGUUCCGAGCCGGCUUGGAGAUCCGGCUUCCAACAGAAGUAUUUGAGCAGGCUCAUAACCGAGCUGCGGCGGAGGAGAUUCGAACGCGGGUCGAGCAGCGUUUGGGGUGGAGUACGGGCUGUGAAAUCGGCGGCCGAUGUUUCCCUGGCUAUGGUGGCGCGAGGUCGAACUGCAUGGAGCCGCGCCACUAUAUUUGCACGAGCAGGUAACAGAUCUCUUCAUAGGGUUAGUAGGAGACGGAGAAAUCAUGUAUCCAAGAGUAAUUUCCAUCUCCAUUUGCGUAGCUUAAUGAGAUCGGCUUAUAGGCCCUGGAAUGCUUUUUCUUCUAAGAUGAACUCCGUCAGGCGGCUGCGCAGAAGUAGCCCCCGGUCACGUGGCGAUGAGGAGGAAAGCGUUCAGUCUCGUAUAAAGACCCUGCGGACGCUUGUUCCGGGAAGCCGUCGUCUGGAUACGCCGCUUCUUUUGGAGGAGGUUGCAGAUUACAUAAUGGCUCUUAAGAUGCAGGUUCAGUCCAUGCAAGCCCUCACCAGCCACCUCGCAAAUUGGGCAGAUGGUGCCGGUUCUUGUCCGAGAUAGGUCGCAAGAUCGAAUCCCGGGUAGGAUGAUUGAAAGGACAAAUUAUGUAACCUGCGUAUUAAUAAAUGCGCCAUUGCUUAUUUGUUGUUGUCUGGUAGAGGAAUUGUUUCUAAAGAUAUUUUACAGGCGGUUCCGGAACACGUUUUCUGCUAGGCUGUCAAAUGUAUGACUAUUAUUUCUAGCGAAAUUUGUCCAACUCUUUGAUCAAGACUCUUUUUUUUAUCA